UUGGUGAUUUGUUUUAGCGGGUGUCUUGAGCUUUGGCUACAGUUUGUUAUUAUCACGCGUUUAUGAAAGAUUGUAUGCACUAACGAGAAAAAAACACAAUUUCUAAGAACUUGACACAACGUAAGAAAUGAACAGUAGGCUUCAAGAAAUUCGCGAGAGGCAAAAACUCAGGCGACAAUUAUUAGCUCAGCAGCUGGGAGCUGAGAGCGCAGACAGUAUUGGAGCUGUCCUCCACAGCAAGGAUGAACUCAAAGAGAUCGAGGAGACAAGAGAAACAUGCAGGGCUUCGUAUGACAGCUCAGUGCCCCCUCCCAAGAAGAAGCCACAAACCGAGGGAGAGGACAUAGAGGAAGAUGUGGAAGAACAAAAAUCAAAGGAUGAGUUGGAGGUGCAGCAGGAAGAUGAGAGCAACCCGUACAAGGAGGUGUACAAGGAUUCUAGCACUUUCCUUAAGGGUACCCAGAGUUUAAACCCUCACAAUGACUACUGUCAACACUUUGUGGACACCGGGCACAGACCACAGAACUUCAUCAGAGACGUCGGCUUAGCUGAUCGAUUUGAAGAAUAUCCUAAACACCGAGAGUUGAUCCGACUGAAAGAUGAACUCAUCUCCGCCACCAAUGUUCCUCCGAUGUACCUCCAGGCUGAUCUGGAGCACUUUGACCUGCAGGAUCUGAAGAGCCAGUUUGAUGUAAUUCUGAUCGAGCCUCCUUUAGAGGAAUACUACAGAGAGUCGGGCAUCAGCCAAACAGAACGAAUCUGGGCCUGGGACGAUAUCAUGGGACUGCAGAUCGAGGAGAUAUCAGCGUCACGAGCUUUUGUCUUUCUCUGGUGCGGCUCAGAAGAAGGAUUGGACUUGGGCAGAAUGUGCCUGAAGCAUUGGGGAUUCAGGAGGUGUGAAGAUAUCUGUUGGAUCAAGACCAACAAAAACAACCCAAAAAAAACAAAGGCACUGGACCCAAAAGCAGUGCUCCAGAGAACUAAGGAGCACUGCCUGAUGGGAAUCAAGGGGACAGUGCGGCGGAGUACUGAUGGCGACUUCAUCCACGCCAACGUGGACAUCGACUUGAUUAUCACUGAGGAGCCAGAGAUGGGAAACAUAGAGAAACCUGUGGAGAUCUUUCACAUCAUCGAACACUUCUGCCUGGGCCGCAGGAGGCUGCACCUGUUCGGACGAGACUCGACCAUCAGACCAGGCUGGGUGACCGUUGGUCCUACGCUGACAAACACCAACUUUAAUCCAGAAACCUUUGCGUCAAAUUUCACAUUACCAGACUCCCAUUUAUCUGGCUGUACGGAGGAAAUAGAGAGGCUGCGGCCCAAGUCGCCUGUUAAACUGAAAUCGGACCGUGGCGGCGGAGCCCCCAGAGGGGGUCGUGGUGGGCCAAAUAUCGGAAGAGGUGGAGACCGAGGCAGAGAGAGAAACAGACCAAACUUCCGAGGAGACAGAGGAGGAUUCCGGGGCAGAGGAGGGCCACAUCGGGGGUUCCCGCCUCGCUGAGAUAAAAAGCAGAAAUAUAAACUUUUUUUCCUCCAUUUUGUACACAACUGUUAUAGUUAGUAAGUAGCAGCAGCUAAAAUAUACUGUCAUUAUGUUUUUAAUAAUUUUUGCCUAAAUGUUUCA